AGAGCCGAGAGGCAGGAGAGCUAAGUGCGUUGCCGCCUCUAAGCAGUUCCUCCAGUAAAAUUGUUAAUUCCAGUCUUUUCCACGAAUACAUACAUCCUCCAUACUUAAUUAUAAACUCUAACAAUGUGAAAUUAAACAGAGUUUAUAAUGAUGGUGGUUUGGGACUGGAAAACUUAGUGAUAUGGUUGAUUAUUUAAGUUUUAAACUAAAAUUGGUGACUCUGUUUGGAAAAUGGCCGCUGUUGAGCCGGCUAGAAAUCAAACACAAGAUCAAAAGUUGACAAAUGGAUAUUCAGGAGAGAAACUAGAACUUGGUAGAGAUAUGGGGGACUCAAACGGAACCCAAUAUCCGUCUCCAGAUUCUAAUGGGGUUUCAGGAUAUCCGCAAGGGGGACCAAAUAACUAUGGACCAUACGGACAUGGACCCCAAGGGUAUCCGGUGAAGGGACCAGGAGGGCCCGGAUAUCCGGGUCCAUAUGGACCAGGGGGCCCGGCUACAACCCCCACCCUUAACUCCCUUCUUCAGGAUAGACGGUAUCCAGGGUACGAAGGGGGGUCCCCGGCAGGUGGUCCCCCUCCAAGGGGCCCAGGGCCACCAGGGGGGGCUCCUGGAUAUCAGAAUUGGGGUUAUGGACAUCCAGGAUAUAGGGGACAGACCGACCCAGAAUUCGGCUCAAUGGACGUUGGAGACUUUCAGGAUUCAGGGGCUAUCGAGAGUGCCCCUGUUACCCCUGUCAGGGGCACAGGCAGGAAGCGAGGGCGCCCUAAGGGGUCGGGAAGGGGGCGUGCUGCAAAGGGCCCUAGUCCGAGCCCCUCACCUAAUCCGGGACCACCCAGACCAGCUUAUGGAUAUGCCGGGGGGCCCGGUCAGGGGUAUCCACCUUACCGAGGGGGAUACCCAGGAGAACCCCAGGGAUAUCCACCCCAAGAUAGAGGAUAUCCCCCACAACAGGGUGGGCAGGGGCACGGGCAUCCAGGGGGGGACAAUGGAGAGGGGCCCCCGCCCCCUCCAAGCAAACAUGAAGGUCCCCCUGCUGCCACUUGGACACCCCCUGUUCAGCCGCGUAGAAGACAGGGACAGAAUCCUGGAACAGAUGGGGAUGAUGGAAGAUCUCCCAGCGAUGACGGUCGCCCAGGCAGCGUUGAACCGGGUGUAAGGGGGGGCCCGUCCCCUCGCCCCCGCCCCUCCCCCUCCCCAACAGGGUCCUCCUCCUCCCGGUCUAUGUCCCCGGCAGUUGGACAACCCCGUGAUCCUCCGCCUCGACCUAGCAGCGGGAACCCCGAAGGAAACGGUCCUAUGUCUGCCGCAAUGGCGUCCCCCGCCCCCGGGCCGAACUAUCCAGGGCAACCUAACAUGGGCCCGCCCCCACAUAUGUAUAAGGGACAUCCGCCCCCACCUGGGCAGGGUGGACCACCCUAUGGAUAUCAGGGAUACGGGCCCAGGCCUGGAUAUGGGGGACCUCCUGGUCCCUAUGGACCUGGAUACCCUGGUCCACCUAGAAACAAUUCACCCGGACCACCGGGUCCAGGACAGUAUCCAGGAUAUGGUCCAUACCCUGGACCCCAAGGCUGGAAUGGACAAAACAAUGGGGGUAAAGGCGGACCACCACCCCCGGGUCCACCAGGACCUCCCGGACCCAGACAUCCAAGUAUGCCUCCUCAGCCUGGUAUGCGUAUGGGUGGACCAGGAUACAUGCCAGGUCAGAAAGGACCAUACCCUGGUUCUAUUCCUAGUAAUUACAACGGACCACAGUUCAAUGGUCCCUCUAUGAUGCCCCCGGGUGGGGCUGGGGCCCCAGGAAUGGGUCCGCCUCCCUCUUCAUCCCCUGGUUACCCAGCCAGUGCUCCGCCCUCUGGCCCUGCCCCUGGUGAAGGUGAAGGGAACUCAAGUAGCCUGGUAACUACAGGACCUGAUGGUCAGCCUAUACAUGAUGAUACGAGCCAGCAGUCUACACUCUCACAAUCCUCAGAUAAUUCAGGAGGACGGCAAACUCCCAAGGGUGGAUAUGGACAGGGUUACGGAGGUGCUCCUGGGACCCCUCAUAGCGCCCCUUCCCCCGGCUCCAUGGGAUCCUCUCAGGACGAUCCAUACCAACGAGAUGUUGGAUCCCCAGGACAUGGUUGGGGUCGAGUACCUCCUUCUCCAGUUGGAACACCUGGACCAGGACCGGUGUAUAACAGCCAUGGUGUUAUGAGUUCAAUUCCUAGUCCGGUGUCGCAAGAUACCAGUUACAGAACUAAGCAAGCUAAAGUUGAGAACCUCCAACGCCUCUACGAGAUAGAUGAUCACCCUGAACGCCGAGCCUGGCUUGACAAACUUCUCAGCUUUAUGGAGGAUAGAGGAACUCCUAUUACACAGUGUCCAACAAUAUCUAAGAACCCCUUGGACCUCUACAGACUAUACAUUUACACCAAGGAUAAAGGUGGAUUCCUAGAGUGUACGAAUAAGAAGGCCUGGAAGGAAAUAGCUGCCCAGCUUGGAAUAGGACCCAGUAGUAGCGGGGCCUACACCCUCAAGAAGCACUACGGGAAGAACUUGCUCCCCUUCGAGUGCCACUAUGAGCGGGGAGGUAUUGACCCCGGCCCUAUACUUGCCCAGGUGGAAGCACAGAGUAAAAAGAAGGGAAAAGGUGCCCAGCCGGUCAGACCUCCUUCACCAGGAUCUCAGGACUCACAUGAUUCGUUGAGUGGAAGCCAGGAUGGAUAUGGUGGAUAUCCUCCAGGAUAUAAUAAUUAUCCGCCAGGAGACCAUAGGCAACAAGGUUCCUAUCCUCCCACAAGUGGUGGAUACCCCCCUCCUCCACGUUCAGCGCCUGGUCCUGACGGAUUCGGUCCUCAGGGGUACAAUUAUCCUGGUCAAGGGCCCCCCAGGUGGGGUCCAGGGCAGUAUGAAGGAUCAGGGCCCCCGCCUAGCUGGGGCGGAGGAUAUCCGCCUCGUCCUGGAUAUCCGCCAUCCACACCCCCCACCUCAAGCUCAGGGGGUCCAACACCUCCCCCCUCCUCGCAACCGUUUGAUUACCAGAAGCCAGGAGGCGGCCCAGGGAACGGUGUAGUAGGAGGAGGAGCAGGAGGCCCAGGAGGAGGAUCUCCUUCUCCUGGUCCACCUCCUGGUCCUCCUGGGGCCUUACCUCCAGGUCCUCGUAUGAUGAUGAGGCCCCCGCAACCCCAGGGUCCGUCUCACCCUGUGAUACUGAGGGCUAACUCCCCAGCCACUCCAGGCACUAUACAGGAUACCCUUCCCCCCGCCCUACCUGUUCAGAGGAUUCCUAACCCUCAUGGUUUCGCACCUAAUAUAAGCCAGGCGGGAGGUAUGCCACCUCCAGGAGGACCCGGAUACCCCCCUAAACCUGGAGGACCCCCAGUAACUGGAGCCCCACCUACUCCCGGGGGGGCACCACCCAACAGAGCACCCUACCCAUCUCAAUAUCCUCCCCACAGACCUAUGUAUCCAGGACCACCGGCCUGGCCCAACAGAUACCCUCCUGGCCCAGGGUCCAGCUAUCCACCAUCCUCAGGACCAAGACCAGGGGCACCUCCGGCCCCAUGGCCAGAUCAAAGGGGUCCUUACGGUCCACAGUAUGGAGGACCUGGGGGUCCCUGGCCUCCACGGUCCUCCUCGUCUUCAAGACCUGGACCCGGACCGGGGCCUGGACCUGGACCAGGGUAUAGACAGGAAAUGCGGGGACCGCAACCCUCAAUGUCGAGAUCGGUAAAUAUCAUUAAAUAUAGAGUAUUUUCCAACAAAAAAUAUAAAUACAGUUUUCACUGGUCAACAUAUGUAUCAAUAAAAAAUCGCUCACUAAAGUGUUGUUAUAAUACAGAGGCUAACAAUACAGUCAAUACAGUAUCGGGUACUGAAAUUCUAUGUAAUAAGGAGUAUAUAUCUAGGGGUGUUCAUUUAAUCAGGUUGGUGAUGGCCCUAAGAUCUGGUUUGCUCCAAGAGUCUAGUUGGGCUCUUGAUACCCUCAAUAUACUUCUCUACGAUGACAACAGUGUCACGUACUUUGGCCUCGGGAACAUGCCUGGACUCCUAGAGGCUCUCAUCGAGCACUGGAGGGCCUCCCUCAUAGCCAUGUUCGAGCUCACCAAGGAUCUCGAGAUUAGCAACGAGCGCAGUGAGACAAAUCGGAAGAGAAAGCGCGAGAAGAUCGAGAAAUCCUAUAAAGGGGUCAAAUGGUAUGAAGCCCCUGUUCGUGUUGAAGAUGAUGAAACCUACCUGGGUUCUGUAGACUCUGAUCUACUACGUAGAGGAGAUAAGGUUCGAGUUCUCCACCAUCAACCCAAGGAUUUCACACAGGAGGCCAGAUUCUCGGAGAAGGACUUUCAGUUUGAAGAGAAGGAUGACACUCUAUUUAUAAACGAAGAUGAGAGAGAUUGGGAUCCAGAGGUUCUAGGAUUCAGCUCCGCCCCUGACCUCUGGGCGGACGGCGGUGGCGAUACUACCGAUCAUAUUAUUCCCGCCAACGCGCUAUGGGCGGACAUCCGCCUCCCAUUUGUGCGCAUUCUCAAGGACGGUAAAGACAAGAUCUCCAUGAGCCUCGCCAAGAAAGAGACAGAGGUUGUGAAGAACAGUGAAAUCUCUCCCGGAAAGAAACACGGGAAGCGAGUGAGAGAAGAAUGGAAAGUGAGUUCUAAAUCUGAAGAGAAACCAGCCUGUAAUAGUAAUAGUAGUAAUUGUAACACAAACACUAGCCAACCUUCAGAUUCAAGGUGUUCUAGUAAUAGUAGUAGUAGUAGUAGCAGUUCAAAUACAAGGAGAGAAGGGGACGAAGGAAAGGAGGAGGUCAAAAAGGGAGAAAAUGAUCCCGUGGUUAAAAGUGAACAAAGUGAAGAAAGCGCUGUGAAAACUGAGAAUGUGGAACCCGAGACCGUAGAGGAUGUUCUUGAAGCAUUGAAGCGACGAACCGGUAUCCAGGUUCGGGACGAGGCCGAGGUUCGGAGAAGAUGGGAUAACAAGAUCCUCGAGGAGGAGAACUAUCAACCCGACCAGGCCUCACUCAACCUCGUCUCAGAUGCCGAGGACACCCUGGGCCGCCGAGCAAUCUGUGUUUCAACCAUAUUCCGCAACCUGAGCUUUGUCCCUGGAAACGAGAGUCUGCUGGGUAGUUGCCCAGGGUUCCUCGCUAUCUGCGGUAAAUUAAUCUUACACGCACACUGGCAUCCGCCCCGUAGCAGUAAACAAAGGAACUACGACAAGGGAGAGGAGGAGGAUUACGCAGACUCCUGCACUAGUCUUAUGGAACAGAAGGAUUGGUGGUGGGAGCAUUUACAGGUGAUACGAGAGAACGUGAUGGUAUCUCUGUCAAACAUAGCCGGACACAUGGACCUCUCCCCCCUCCCUGAGAGUAUAGUUCUCCCCCUGCUCUCCGGUCUGUUGGAGUGGUCGGUAUCUCCUGCAGCCGUUGCUCAGGAUACAUUUAGUACAGUUGGACAGCAUAGCAAUAUAUCUCCUCAACGUCUAGCCAUUGAAACUCUUUGCAAACUUUGCAUUACGGAAGCAAACGUUGAUCUGCUGUUGAGCACCCCUCCCUACUCUAGGCUGGAACAGCUCUGUAGUUUUCUAUCCAAGAAGCUUUAUCGCUCUGAGGAUCAGAUAAUGCGGGAGUUUGCGAUCAAUCUUCUUUUCUACUUUUCCGGAGCAGACAGCGGAGUAUCAAGAACCAUAGCGCUCCAGGAUACAACAGUAUCCUUGCUCAUAGGGUUCAUUGAGCAGGCGGAGAACAAUGCUAUGGUGGUCGCACAACAACACGGAGUUAAUGCACUCCGGGACAAUCCUGACAGCAUGGGAACUAGUCUUGACAUGCUUAGACGCGCGGCAAACACGCUCAACAAUCUUUCCAAGCACAGGGAGAACCGUGCGCUCUUCCUUAAGCACGAGCAGCGCUUGUUAAAUCUUGUGAUGUCUCAGAUUUUAGACCAGGGUGUUGCUGGUAUAGUGAGCCAGGUUAUAUUUCAGAUAAGUCGAGACGAGGAUUAAUGUUACAUUCGUUUAUUUAUUCUUACGAAGAGUGAUAGUAGGCGGAGAAGGACAUGCGCCGUCUAGGCAUCUGCCUUUAUUCCGAGUUACAACAUGGCAGUUGUAUCCCUCGCUUGCAACUGUCCUAACUGACAGAAAAGAGGAAAAUCGCAUUUUAGCAUAUACAUACAUUUUACACCAAGUGAAUUUUAAUUUAAUUAAAACCAGUCUGAAAGGUCCAAACCUGUGGUUUGACGAUGAAUUCUAUGUAUAGGGUUGAACUGUAGGAUCUGUUAUUUACGUGUUGGUUUCUGGUUAUCCUAGUCUAUGUAAUAUUGUGAAGACAACGUGAGUUAACUGUAAAACCAGCUGCUAUACAGACCGUAAUCAAUAAAUGUAAAUAUUCUCGGA